AUUCCUCUGAAGUGAGAGCUAGCGUAUAUAAAGCCAAAGAUUGGCUGGAACUCAACCAACAGUCUCCCGUUCGAUUUCAAGCCUUAAACAGCCGUUUUGCUAGUAAGCAGCUUCAUCCCGUUCACUAUAUACAGCCAUGAAUUCUUUCAUUACGUUGGUUUUGUUGUCGGUCGCGGCCGUGCUCCUGACCCAAACCGCAGCGGCUCCUCCAUCUUACGGCAAAAGUUAUGGCGCUGUUCCAGCUUUGCCGCCUUUCGGGGUAGCUGCGAAACAUCCUCGUUACGGAUCCGGCUACGGAGGAUAUGGUGGUAACUACGGAAACAACGACUAUGUCAUUGCGCUGAGGUACGAAGAUCAAGUUCGCGAUAACUCCGGCAUUCAAACUUCUUACGCCUACGACGUUGAAGGCCAGAAAGUUCAAGUAGCACGUCUCGACCCAGUUUAUUAUAAAAAAUACUAGAAAGCAAUCUUAUAAUGUACACAUGUCAUGAAAACCAACAACUUCAAUACAUAUUAUUUACAAUUGAUUAAAAA